ACUCAGUCAGGUAUCAAAAAGUUAAAGAAACAAAAUUUUGAUUGAUUGAAUUGAUACUUGAUAGUUUUUGUUUAUAUUUACAUCUUUUAAUUGCAUUAUUUUAAAGUUUUACAAAAAAAUCAAGACAAAUGUCUGACCUAACUAAUGCAUCGGAAGCUGCAUCUCUUGCUGUGCGUUUCGAUGUCGCAGGAGAAACAGAAAAAGCUGCAGAAUGCUAUAGAACCGCUGCAAGACUAUUAGAUCGAAUUAUGGAUCGUCUACCACCAGAAAAACAAAUAGAAUUGAGAUAUAAAGUCCGCGAAUAUCUUGAAAGAGCAAAUUUAUUACUAGAAAAAACAGAUCGAACUCAGCAGGCUGAAGUUGAACGUGCAGUACAACAGUGCUUUUUCCUAAUGGAGCAAGCGUUAGAUGCUGAUAACGCAGAACAAACAGAUUCAGCACUGAAUCUUUAUAUGCAAGCUGUUGAAUUCGCAGUUAAUAUUAAAACAGAUGACACAGAUGUGAAAACAAAUUUGAAGAACUUAGCUAAAAAGGCAUUAGAUAGGGCUGAGCAAAUAAAAGGUUUAAAGAAAUUAAAUUCUCUGUCUAUAUCUAAACCAAAAAAUCCACCUAAAAUACAAAGGGAGCAGAGUGUCCACUUAAAAGUCUCAGGAAAAAAUGCUAUUUACACAGAAGAAGAAAAAGAAGUGUUACGUACAACAUCGAACAUUAACAACAAUUGCUUUCUACCGUUCAUGGAUAUUGAUUUGUCUGAGAGAUUCCAAUAUGCCAUACCUUUUGAGGAUAGAGCCAGUGAACUGAAAUUAUCGGCGAAGCAAGCUCAGGAAUUUGACUGUUGGAUUCGUCCGCAUGAGAUUUGCACUAACCCAAUGUUAAUUGUAGGAGAUCGUAUUGAUUGUUUCAGUAUUAAGCAAACUAUAGUAUCUGAUUGUUCGUUUGUCGCUUCUUUAGCGGUAAGCGCGUUGUACGAGAAGAGAUUUAACAAAAGCAUCAUCACAUCGAUUAUUUAUCCAAAGAAUAAGAAUAAAGUUCCAGUUUACAACCCGUUUGGGAAAUACAUGGUGAAAUUACACUUGAAUGGGGUCAGAAGGAAGGUCAUCAUAGAUGAUCGUCUGCCGUACAGCCGACAACGCCGUCUGCUGUGCUCGUAUUCAAGUAACAGAAACGAGUUCUGGGUGUCUCUGCUGGAGAAAGCUUACAUGAAAGUGAUGGGAGGAUAUGACUUUCCCGGUUCGAACAGCAAUAUAGACCUGCACGCCCUGACCGGCUGGAUACCGGAGCGGAGCGCCAUAAGGAACAGCGACGAGGACUUCAACGCGGACGCGCUGUACGAGACGAUCCGGACGCGGCUGGAGCGCGGCGACGUGCUGGUCACCGUCGCCACCGGCCCGCUGUCCGACGCGCAGGCGCAGCGGACCGGCCUCGUGCCCACGCACGCCUACGCGGUGCUCGAUGUACAACUUGUGAACGGCGUGAAACUGCUGAAACUGAAGAACCCGUGGUCGCACCUGCGCUGGCGCGGCAACUACUCGGAGCUGGACGCGGCGCACUGGACGGCGCGGCUGCGCGCGGCGCUGCGCUACGACCCGGACAGCGCGGCGCAGUACGACAACGGAGUCUUCUGGAUCGACUACGCCAGCAUCCUCAACUUCUUCGACGUCUUCUACUUGAACUGGAACCCGGCGCUGUUCCAGUUCACCUAUUGCAUACACCAAAAGUGGGACGCCGGGAACGGUCCCGCGAAGGACGCUUACAACAUCGGCGACAACCCGCAGUUCUCGCUGCAAGUCCACGGCAAGGGGGUCGUGUGGCUGCUGCUGACCAGGCACAUCACCAACAUAGACGACUUCAGGGACAACAAGGAGUACAUAGCGCUACUCGUCUACAAGAACGAAGGGAAACACGUGUACUAUCCGUACGAUCCUGAGCCCUAUAUCGACGGAGUAAGGAUCAACAGUCCACAUUACCUCUGCAAGAUCAUAGUCGGGGAAGGCAGCACAGAUCUCUACACACUGGUCGUCGCACAGUUCGAGAAGACGAAAACCAUAUACUACACAUUGCGUGCGUACGGCACGUGUCCGUUCGCUUUAUCCAAACAUGAACCUUAUCCUUAUGUCAAAACGCUGAAGGGCGAGUGGUCGGGUCGGAGCGCGGGCGGCUGCGAGAACCACCGGCUGACGUACCCGCACAACCCCAAGUUCGCGCUGGGCGUGCCGGACGCGCGGGCCUGCAGCGUGCUGCUGCAGCUCAAGGGCCCCAAGCAGUACCAGCUCGGGAUGGACGCGAAGGUCGAGGCGCUGGACGACCCGAACGUCACUGCACCCUUCCUGAAACUCACUUCUGGACCGUUCAGAUCGGGUUUCGUGGUACUGGAAAUGCCGAACCUACCGGCCGGUAAGUACGUAGUGACGGUAUCCACGUUCCUGCCCGGGCAGGAAGGGCCCUUCAUACUGGAGUUGAGGUCCACCUGCCCGGUGACAUGCGAGCAGCGCGAUUAGAAACGCCGCCGUCUCAUGAAGAUGGAGGAUCGGCAUUUUUGACCUCACAUCAACACUUGGCCCGCUGUAUGUAAAGAGAAAUUCCAUUGUAAAAUUAUGUUUGCGACAUCAAAUUUUAAUAAUUUUGUAUUAAUAAUUUUAAUAAUAAUAUAAAUUUUAUAAAUAGUAUUUUUUAGUUAAAAAUUCUUGUUGUGUUUUGGAUUAAAAAGUCCGAAUGUAACAUCUUAAAAUUAUAUUUUAAAGGUGCCCGUAAAUAAGCUUGACAUAAUAUGUAUAUAUAAUAACAUUUUUUUUUUGUGACGAAAGUAGAAAUUAAAAUUUCAAAUAAUAAGGUGUUGCCAAUUUCGACUGUGUUGUUAUACGACGUCGAAUCGUGUAUUUAAAAAUCUAAUAUGUCGCAUCUUUUCAAAAUUAGUAACUCCUUUUAGUUGUAAUUACAUAGUUAAUAUUGUAUGUAAUUCGUUCAUUAGAGGUAAAUAUUAGGGUAUAUAUGCAAUAACAAUCUCUAAAAGAGUCUUAGGUUUAAUAUCAAAAAAGUAUAUAAUAUUUUUUUACUAGAUAAAUAUAUUGCAAAAACAAGACCGUUUGCCUCGCAAAUUUCUUUAAAAAAAAAACAUAUCUCGUAUAGUUUAGUGACCUUUCGCUUAGUGACUUUACUUCAAAAAUAUGUUCGAUAUCCCAAAGCAAAAUAAAAUAUGAGAUUAAUAAAUAAAUAAUUCAAUGAAUUUAAUUAUAUUACUUGAGAUACUCUGAAAUAUAUGAAGUACUAGUAAAGCCAAGUUCUGAGUGCUUAGAGCGAGUUUUUUAAAGUUCUCGAUAGCGUAAAAGUUAGCUCAUACUUUUGUAUGGAAUGGGAUCGUUUGCGUACGUUUGCCGCUAGGGGCGCUGUUCUAACUGCAUACAAAAUUGGCUUAACUUUUAUGCCGGCCGUAGGGCCGUCAUACAUUAAUUCGCAAACUUAGCGGCUGUGCAAAUGGGUUCGGUAUACAAUUUGCGAACCCGUUUGCGCUUCCUCCUACACUUGCUUAUGAAUGUCUCACGGAUUUCUCUUCUUUUUUAAUUCGUCAAUAGAACAUUGAAGAGAAAAAGAGUUUUUAAUUCUUUCCUAGGCGUCAUUAACGGUCAUUCUGUUGUUAUGGGAUUUCUUUUGAGGGUCCCAUAUGGUCGAUUCAUUUUGCAGGAGUUCAAUGAACUCCAUCACCUUGGUGUUGUUCCAAUCCAUGAUGAAGGUACGCUACACAGUAGACGUCACGAAUUAUGAAAAUGGCGAAACGUCCGUUACCUUCGCAAUCGUGGGCGCAACUGGUCACACGAAUGUGUGGGAGACUAUGCGAAGAAUCGCGGUUCGCGCGCUUUGAUGUCCGUUAAAAAACCGACACAGCUUGGAAAACCGCGAAUGCAGUUAAAACUUUGCAUAAUCAUUUGCAAAUGUCGUCCUACACUUGUGGGUUUGCGUAUUCGUGCGAAUGUGAGUGACCGGUAUUACGCUAUGGGGAACGUUAAAAAACUCGCACUAAGCACACUGAUAUUACGUAUAGUAUCGAAAAAAAAGACGAGGUUAGUGUCGAACGAAACUAGUCAGAGCCGGCGGUAACCGGUUUUUGAUUGGAGCCGCGCUAAUGUCGCUUUUUGCAUUCGCCUCGAGUCGGGCGCGGAACUAAUUGCGAGUUCGCAUGUCGUUCUCGCAUAAAAUUAAUCGGAUCUUCAUCAGUGGAACGCGUGCAGUUCUAAAGUUUGUUAUAAAUACGUGAAAUAUGAAAUAACUAAGACGUUUUCAUUAAAUAAAUAUGUAUGGUCAAGUUUUGUGUCCCAUUUCAAGGAAACAAUUAGAGAAAUAGACGUAUGACGUUAUUGUUCUAAUUACGAUGUUUUGUCUAAUUUCAAAUGUGAGGACGGAUUUAUUUGGUACUGUCGGUAGUGUUUCUUUGUUUUUUAAGUGACUAGCUGGGCCCGCAACAAAACGCAAUGUUAAAUUAAAAAUCUUAAAAGCCAUAAGACGAUUCAGAAAGCUAACUACGUAAGGUAAUUUUAGGUGAACACACAUACAUACGUACAUUAUCAUUUAUUUAAAUAGAUUUCGUAACAAUUCGGCCUAUGGUUCAAAAGAUACAAAUCACUGCCAUCAGCGUCACCUAUCAGGCACUAAGAUAACUUUGUUCGUCUGAGUGGUCAUGUCGUCCUUUGUAUUUGUGCAAAGUUUCAUAUCAAUAAAACUAACGUUUCUCUAGUUUUAGGUGAACAUGCAUACAAAUAUAUAUUCUCUUUUAAGUAUAUAGAUCAGUGAUUCUCAACCUUUUAUUUGUUGCGGCACAUAUUUAACGAUUUUAAAAUUUGGCGGCACACAAAGAAAAAGAUUUAAACUAUUUACUUUCUAAAACACUGCAUAAAACGUUUAUAAAAACCCAUUAAAUAUACGAAAUAAACUAAUAUAUGCUUUAAUAAUAUUUAAACGUUUAAAAAGGGAUUAAUUACAAACUAAUAAUAAAAAAAAAUUAUUAGAUAUAAUUUAAUAAUACUAUAUUGGCAAAAUUUGGCGGCACACUUUUGAAAUUUCGCGACACACAAAAGUGCCGCGGAACAGUGGUUGAGAAUCACUAAUAUAGAUAUAGUAGCAUAAUCUCAAUUAAAUUUGAUACGCAACUUAGAUAAUGUGUUUGUUGAUAUUCCGCAUGUAGCUAAUGUACCCUACAUUUGCUACACGAUUUGUGAGAUCCAAUAUAGGUAUUAUGUUCGCGUGUGCUCACGAUAGUGAAUAUCGAUCGUUUAAUUUUGAAAUGUGAUUGUAAUGAAUUUUUAAUCUAGAUAUAAGCUGCUUUACUGAUCCGAUUAAAGAGAAACAUAUAUUAAGCAAUGUUGACUACAUAAAAUAUACAUACAUAUAUACAAAAUAAAAAAUCUUAAGUUUACAGAAAAGGUUAUAUGAAUUGUUUGUAAAAAAAGUUUAUUUCAUUUAUAAUUUUUUUUUAUUUGAAUUUUAAUAUCAUAGAACCCUAAAUUUUUUAUUUUGUGCUGUUGCUUCUAUGUGACACUUGACAGUUUUGACAACAUACAUGUGAAGAAUUACAUGCAUAAAAUUUAUUAAUUAUAUUCAAUAGGUUAUUAUUAAAAAAGAAACAAUGUUGCUUUAUUUGAAUCUGCUUCAUGUAUGCGUACUGUGAUAAUAUUAAAUAUUUUUAAAGUUUUAAAAUCACAUAGUUGAAUUAAUUUUUAUUGUUUUUAAGACUUUUAAUAAAUGUUUCUGCUGA